AUGAGCGUCCAACGCCCCCUCCAAGCGCUCACAAAGCGCGCCACACCCUCCCAAUCCCUUACACUCCAAUACCGAACACGGCAACCACAUCGAAGCCUAGCCAGCGUUGUGCCCCCCGUAACCCAAUCACACGUCGGUCGUCAAGGCCCAACAGCAAUGGUCUUCAUGAACAUGGGCGGCCCCAGCUCCACAGACCAGGUCGGCGACUUCCUCUCUCGCCUCUUCGCUGACGGCGACCUGAUACCCCUCGGUCCCUUACAAAACUACCUCGGGCCCCUAAUCAGCAGGAGAAGAACACCCAAGAUCAAGAAACAAUAUGCCGAGAUUGGUGGUGGGAGUCCGAUCAGGAAAUGGAGCGAAUAUCAGGCGGAGGAAAUGUGUAAGAUCCUUGACCAGACCAACCCGGAGACGGCACCGCAUAAGCCUUAUGUUGCUUUUCGUUAUGCCAGUCCGCUUACGGAGGAGAUGUAUACGCGCCUGCUGGAAGAUGGGUUUGGGAAAGGGAGGGGUGGGAGGGCGGUGGCGUUCACACAGUACCCGCAGUACUCGUGCAGCACGACGGGUUCUUCGUUGAACGAUUUGUGGAAGGUCAGGAAUCGGCUUGAAUCGCCGAGCAGGAAUCAGAAUCUGAGCGCGGCGGAGGCGGAAGGGAGUAUACGGUGGAGUGUGAUAGAUCGAUGGCCGACGCAUCCAGGCUUGAUUGAGGCAUUCGCGGAGAACAUCACGGCGAAGCUUGAGACGUAUCCUGAGGAGAUGAGAGACAGCGUGGUGCUACUCUACUCGGCGCAUAGUCUACCCAUGUCCGUGGUCAAUCGAGGAGACCCCUACCCAGCCGAAGUGGCGGCAACAGUUUGGGCAGUACAGCAGAAACUUGGCUUCCGCAACCCUUACCGAUUAUGCUGGCAAUCCCAAGUCGGACCCUCCGCCUGGCUAGGAGCACAAACGUCAGACACAGUGAACAAUUUCGUCAAGCAAGGACAAAAGGAUCUUGUGCUCAUCCCUAUCGCCUUCACAUCAGACCACAUCGAAACGCUCUUCGAGAUCGACAAGGAAGUCAUUCAUGAGGCGGACCAGCUCGGCGCUGAGGGCAGAGUGCGGAGAGCGGAGAGUUUGAAUGGCAGUCCGACUUUCAUCAAGGCGUUGGCGGAUCUCGCGGGCAGCCAUCUGAAGAAUAAUGAAGUGUGUAGUAGACAGAUGGGGCUGAGAUGUCCUGGAUGCAAGAACGAGAAGUGCUUGCAGCAGAAGAAGUUCUUUAUGGGGCAGGGGGCGCAGGAUAAUGCUGCUGUGACUUUGUAG